AAAAUCCUUUACCAAACCAAACAUUCCCUUUAACGGUUUUAGUAUGAAAAAUUUAGGCAAAAGGAAUUCCCACUUCUCCCAUCGCUGCCAUCCGCCACCAUUCGAUCAAGCUGCAGUUUCCGAUCGAGAAGAGGUGGAUGCCGGAAUAGGAAUCCUUGAAUUUUUUGAAGGGAAUAACAUUUUUGUUACCGGUGCUACCGGCUUACUUGGAAAGGAUGGUCUAAGAUUAACAUCGGUGGGCAAAAUGUACUUGCUAAUAAAAGCAAAAGACAAGGAAGCUGCAUUUAAUAGAUUAAACUGUGAGAUAAUAAACUCAGAAUUGUUCACGUGUUUGAAAGAAAAACAUGGGAAAUGUUUUGAAGCAUUUGUGAAGGCAAAGGUAAUAGCUGUGAUGGGAGAUAUCGGUCACCCAAAUCUUGGAAUGGAUUUUGAAAGUAUUGAAUCAAUUAAAAAAGAUGUAAAUGUUAUUAUCCAUUCUGCAGCUUCCACUACUUUUUAUGAGAGAUAUGACUUCCUAUUUGAUACGAAUGUGAACGCGCCUCAACGAGUUAUGAGGUUUGCCAAGACAUGCGACAAACUCGACCUAUUCACACACAUAUCUACGGCUUAUGUUACUGAGAGAGAAGAAGGUGUUGUGUUGGAAAAGCCAUUGAAUAUGGGAGGCCUUGAUGUAGCUGAUGAGAUUAGCUUGCUUCUCAAAUCAUCCCCAAACAACAUUGAUGCCACCAAUUUUUUCGUAAAGUGUGGCCAACAGAGAGCUAAAUUGUUGGGAUGGAGUACCACUUAUCAAUUAUGCAAGGCUAUAGGUGAGAUGUGUUUGAAUGAAAUAAGAGGAGAUGUUCCUUUGCUUAUAAUUAGGCCAGCUUGCAUUGAGAGCUGCUAUCGUGAACCUCUCCCUGGUUGGAUACAAGGAUUGAGGACGUUGGGACCCGUGAUCAUUUCAUAUGGAAAGGGGAUACUCCCAGCUUAUUAUGCAAAUCCGCUAGUGCCUUUGGAUGUUUGGAUGUUGUAA